GCUUUGAGCACAGGAUGGUCCGUUAUCCUGAGGAAAGUUAUAACUUGCUGAGCACGAACGAGGACGACGAGGGCCUCAUCGAUAGCAAACGCGCUGCACCGCCUCCCACACCACCACCAGCCGUCUCCCGGGGCGUGGUCAUAGCCCUCGUCGCCUUCGUCCUAAUCGACGUCCUCGCCUACCUCUACAUCGCCAAAGCCCUCCUGCUCCUCCCCCUCCCCGGCCUCUCAACAACAACCGAAAUGGAGUUUAGGGAUCCCUACUUUGGGCUGGACGACCUCUACCGCACGGGUACCGUCAAGAGCUCGCAGUAUCCUAAACUCUUGAAUAUACCGAGGGUGGCGGCGCAGGUGAGUAGGGUGGAGAAGGACAAGGUGGCGCAGAUCGAUGCGCAUAGGUGGUUGAGUGAUUUUGGGCUGUUGUCGCCGCCUGAUCGGAGGCUUCAGGUUUCGAGUACGGUCCGCACGAUCGUACAAUUCAACGUCAUGGAUUACGGCAUGGAGAAGUGCUCUAUGGUCGUCCGUCUUCCUUCGCGGGACGAGCAACUGCCCCACCCGUUCUCUUACCAGUCCAACGACCCCUCCGACAGAGAUUCCAUCCAUCUGGAUAUAUGCCAACUUGAUCAGAAACGACCGCUGGACGAGCAUAGGCUCUCGUGGUCGACGAAACCGAGGUGUAUGCAUCAUGUUGGGACGCUCAAAGCGCGUGUGGGCGAGCAGGUGGAGUUGCCACCGUUUGAGUGUAGGAGGGGGCAGUUUUUGGCGUAUGAAGUCUCGUGCGCUCAGGGUAGUAUUAUGGGGGAGUGCGGUGUGGAUGUGUGGUCAAAUCAGAAUCAGACGUGGGGUGGAUUGAGGCUAAUGAGAGACAUUGAUAGGAUUGUUCAUGUAUCAACAUCAGACUGUGUUCUAAUUCGAUUCUCCCUUCUGGUAAUCCCGAAUGAAAAUGUACUAUCCAUCGUCGUAUCUGGAAUCUGGAUCAGCUUCUUCGUCUUGAAGGACUCUUCCUUGAUAAUUUAUAAACCAACCUUCGUACCUGGUACGCAUUUCUGUGACGUUCAAUCGUCAUCAGGCAGCGCAACGCGGAGCCACGGCAACCGUUACGUCCGUCUCAACCGGGGGUGUUGGUCUCCACCCGAGCACGAAUGGGAGACAGUUCAAGAGGACGAGGAGGAAGAGUUUAUUCGCGAGCAUCGAUUCGGAUUCUUGGUUUUGGUUUUGGAUUUUAGGCCUGGGGGUUGGAGGGGUGUCUGA